GAAACAAUCCCCGAGGCGGUGCUCGCGCGGAGUGGUGCGUUUCUGCCGCCGCUCCGGCGAAGAGGAGCAGACCCAUUGUGGAGCUAGCCGGGGGUGCAGCCGCCGCUGCGUCUCGCGCAUUACUCACCGGAGGGGCUGUGGGGCAGUGCCUCCAUCCCGCUCUGUUGCUCCUCGCCCACGAAUUCCCGAGGCACUCCUGAGAACGGCCUGCGAUGGCACUCUGUGAACUGCACUGAAGAACCUCCAGCUGCUGCCGUCACCCAGAGCAAGGUGGAGUCUAGUUUCCACAGCUGGUCCUGCCUUUCCAGCAUUACGAAAGGUGGUAGAUUUGUGUGACCUCAGGUGUGUGCAGUGGUGACAGCUAACCCAAAAUGCAGGUCUGAAACUUUCCCCACCAUGAUGCUACUUGGACUCCUGUCUCUGCUUAUUUUGCAAAGUGAAGCCUUCAGCACCAGUUUUCCUGAUGAAACCAUAGCAGAGUUUUCGGUGAACGUUUACAACCAGCUGAGAGCUACAGGAGAAGAUGAAAAUAUUAUUUUCUCCCCACUGGGAAUAGCAAUCGCUGUGGGAAUGGUAGAAUUGGGAGCCCAUGGUUCCAGCCUGAAAGAAAUCAGGCACGCCAUGGGAUAUGAAGGCUUGAAAAAUGGUGAAGAAUUUUCUUUCUUAAAAGACCUUUCUGACAUGACAACCACUGAGGACAGCCAGUAUGUGAUGAAGCUGGCCAAUUCCCUUUAUGUGCAGAAUGGGUAUCACAUCAAUGACAAAUUUUUACAGCUGAUGAAAAAAUACUUUAAAGCUGAAGUUGAAGAUGUAGAUUUCAGCCAAAGCAUAGCCAUCGCAAGCCACAUCAAUAAAUGGGUGGAGAAUCACACAAACAACAUGAUCAAAGAUUUUGUGUCAGCAAGGGAUUUCAGUGCACUUACUCACUUGGCCCUCAUCAAUGCAAUCUACUUUAAGGGAAAUUGGAAGUCCCAGUUCAGGCCAGAAAACACAAGAACCUUCUCCUUCACUAAAGAUGAUGAAAGUGAAGUUCAAAUCCCAAUGAUGUAUCAGCAGGGUGAAUUUUAUUAUGGGGAAUUCAGUGAUGGUUCCAAUGAAGCUGGCGGCAUCUAUCAAGUUCUGGAAAUACCGUAUGAGGGGGAUGAGAUGAGUAUGAUGAUAGUACUUUCCAGGCAGGAGGUUCCACUAGCCACGCUGGAACCUCUGGUCAAAGCCCAGUUGAUUGAGGAAUGGGCAGGCUCUGUGAAGAAACAGAAGGUGGAGGUGUAUCUGCCAAGGUUCUCCAUAGAACAGGAAAUUGAUCUGAAGGAUGUUCUGAAAGGCCUUGGGAUCACAGAAGUAUUCAGUCGAAGUGCUGAUCUCACUGCAAUGUCUGACAACAAAGAGCUUUACCUUUCAAAAGCAGUUCACAAGUCUGUCCUCGAAGUUAAUGAAGAAGGCUCUGAAGCUGCUGCUGCUUCAGGAAUGAUUGCCAUUAGCAGAAUGGCAGUGCUGUAUCCUCAGGUGAUAGUGGAUCAUCCCUUUUUCUUUGUGAUUCGGAACAGAAGGACAGGUACCAUCCUUUUCAUGGGGAGAGUUAUGCACCCAGAAGCGAUGAAUUCAAGUGCCCAUGACUUUGAAGAACUUUAAUAUCUCCACAGGUUCACACGCCCACACACAGACACACAGAAAAUAAGCACACUGAGUUGCAAUUGAUGUAUUUAAGGUUUGCUGUGUGGUUUUCUCUCUCUCUCUUUCUCUUUUGCAAUGUUACCACUGUUUAAAAAGAAAAGAAAAACGAUUUCCAGAUCUAACUUCAGCUAGAAAUUGCAGACCACAGUUGUGGAAGAAAAGCUUUCAGUAUUAAAGUGAAUGGUGUUGUCCUUGUGAUUUGUUGUGUUGGUCCUUUAAAAUAAAGACCAUAUCCAUGUCA